CUAGAGCAUUGGGAGGCUACCGGCAUUAUAAGUCAAGAUUCGUGUAAUUCAGCCCCUUCAGCAGGUCCAGCUUUAUAUCCGAAUAUGACUGACACAUUCGGACUGUAGCGUAUAUAGAGCUUCAGUCCAGUAGUUCUCGGCCCAUUGAACUGAAAGCCGUGUGGAUUUUAUAAGCACUGUGGAUUUUAGUCUUUGGGCAUCUUAAAGACCUUUUUUUUCUCUCUCUCUCUCUCUCAGCAUUUUUGUCAGCAUAGAGGACAUAGAAUUUUUGCGUUGGAUUGCACAUUACAACAGACUUAAAGGAAUAUUCCAGGUUCAAGUUAGGCUCAAUCGACAGCUUUUGUGCCAAAAUCUGUUACAUUAUGAUACUCAGGAGAAGUCUCUGCUUGCUGCCCUUGGUGUUACUAUGCAUCAGAGCACUACCUGAAGAUGACGGUGUUGAAGAUGAAUCUACUUUCGACCUAUUCAAAAUCAGCGGCAUUAGCAGAAAGACAAUUGGUGCAAAGCUUUUUAAGGGCCAUGACUGGGACUCACCGGCGUACCGUUUCAUCCGUUUUGACCACAUCCCUUCUGUGAACACCCCAGCCCUUCAUCAGAUCCUCAAGCAGAUCCAGAACAAUGAGGGUUUCGUGUUUGUGGCCACCAUGCGGCAGGACAAGGGCUCCAAGGGCACCCUGAUUGGCUUGGCGAGUCCCAGUGGGAGCCGUCAGUUUGAGAUUGUGUCAAAUGGGCACACCAAUACGCUGGAUCUGGCCUACUUGGUGAAGGGGUCUCAGAAUGUGGUGUCCUUUGAGGAUGUGGACUUAUCUGAUUCGCAGUGGAAGAACAUCACGCUGUACAUUCAUGGAGAGAAUGCUCACCUCUAUGUGGGCUGUAGCCUCAUUGACAGUGUGAUCCUGGACGAACCUUUCUAUGAGCACCUGCGGCCAGAGGGACGUCAGAUGUAUGUGGCUAAAGGAUCUAUCAGGGAAAACCACUUCAGGGGUUUACUACAGAAUGUACAGUUCCUUUUUGACACCCCAAUAGAGAUUAUCCUGAGACAAAAAGGUUGUGAGAUCGCCAGACCUGAGGAAGUCAGUGUGGUAAAUGAGAGUACAGAGACCGUGUCUGUCAGUACGGCCAUGACCAACUUCAUUGGGCAGAAGGAGAAACUGGCAUCGGAUAUGUGUGAGCGCUCCUGCGAGGAGCUCAGCACCAUGUUCCAUGAGCUCAAAGGUCUACGUAUCGUCGUGGGCAAUCUCAUCGAUGGCUUACAAAAAGUGACUGAGGAGAACACGGUGAUGAAGGAGGUUCUGGGAAAUAUGAAGAACAUCAAAGACAAGCGCAUGUGCUGGCAAGACGGCCGACUAUUUGAGAAUAAGGAGGACUGGGUUGUGGACAGCUGUACAAAGUGUACCUGUCAGGAAUCAAAGAUUGUGUGCCAUCAAAUCACAUGUCCUCCAGUAGCCUGUGCCAGCCCCACUUUCCUGGAUGGAGAAUGCUGUCCAGUGUGCCUGCCUAAAGACAGCGAGGAUGAUGGCUGGUCCCCUUGGUCUGAAUGGACGGAGUGUACCGUCACAUGUGGGACAGGCACCCAGCAAAGAGGCAGGUCAUGUGAUGCCACAAGUAACCCCUGCAGCGGCCCCUCCAUCCAGACCCGCCGGUGCAGCCUGGGAAAAUGCGACAGUCGUGUCCGUCAAGAUGGUGGUUGGAGUUUGUGGUCUCCCUGGUCUUCAUGCUCGGUGACGUGUGGAGAAGGGCAGAUCACACGUAUUCGCCACUGUAACGCCCCCGUACCUCAGCUGGGAGGAAAGGACUGUGAGGGCAGUGGGAGAGAGACGCAAAAGUGUGAAGCCAAACCCUGUCCAAUUGAUGGAGCCUGGGGCCCAUGGUCUCCUUGGGCGAUUUGCUCUGCCACCUGUGGGGGAGGAACAAGGACUCGAACACAUGUGUGUAACAGCCCUCGACCACAAUAUGGCGGCAAGAAAUGCCCAGGAGACUCUCAGGACACUGAAGCGUGCAACAAACAGGACUGCCCUGUGGAUGGUUGUCUUUCUAACCCAUGCUUUGGGGGUGCAGAAUGCAGCAGCGCCCCUGAUGGCUCGUGGGAGUGCGGACCCUGUCCUGUCGGUUUCCGUGGGAAUGGAACAUUCUGUGAGGAUGUAAAUGAGUGUGACUUGGUGCCUGAUCUGUGCUUAAAAGUCGGUGAAUCCCAACGCUGCAUUAACACAGACCCAGGGUUCCACUGCUUGCCUUGCCCUCCUCGAUACAAAGGCAAUCAGCCCUUUGGAAUGGGAGUGGAGAUUGCCAAGCAAAAUAAACAGGUAUGUGAACCAGAGAAUCCCUGCAUGGACAAGACCCACAACUGUCACAGGUCUGCUGAGUGUAUCUAUCUCGGCCACUUCAGUGACCCCAUGUAUAAAUGCGAGUGUAAAAUCGGCUAUGCUGGGGACGGCCUAAUUUGUGGUGAGGACUCUGACCUUGAUGGUUGGCCCAAUCAGAACCUGGUGUGUGGAGCUAACCAAUCCUAUCACUGCAAGAAGGACAAUUGUCCCAACCUUCCAAACUCAGGGCAAGAGGACUUUGAUAAAGACGGUGAAGGAGAUGCCUGUGACAAAGACGAUGAUAAUGAUGGAAUCUUGGAUGAGGGGGACAACUGUCCUCUACUGUAUAAUCCCAGGCAAUUUGACUACGAUAAAGACCUUGUUGGAGAUCGUUGUGAUAAUUGCCCAUAUGAGCACAAUCCUGCUCAAAUUGAUACAGAUGGUAAUGGCGAGGGUGAUGCCUGCUCUGUAGACAUUGAUGGAGAUGAGGUUCUGAAUGAGCACGAUAACUGCCCAUACAUGUACAACAGUGACCAGAAGGACAUAGAUAUGGAUGGAGUAGGUGACCAGUGUGAUAACUGCCCUAUGCUGCACAACCCUGACCAGUCUGACUCUGAUAAUGACCGGGUUGGUGACCAGUGUGAUAACAAUCAAGACAUCGAUGAGGAUGGCCACCAGAACAACCUGGAUAACUGUCCCUACAUUCCCAACGCCAACCAGGCUGACCAUGACAAAGAUGGGAAAGGAGAUGCUUGUGAUUAUGACGAUGAUAAUGAUGGAAUCCCUGAUGAUAAGGACAACUGCAGACUGGUGCCUAACAAAGAUCAACUAGACUCUGAUGGGGAUGGAAGAGGCGAUGCGUGCAAAGACGAUUUUGACAAUGACAACAUUCCAGACAUUUUGGACGUGUGCCCUGAGAAUGAUGCCAUCAGUAACACUGACUUCCGCAAGUUUCAGAUGGUGCAUUUGGACCCCAAAGGAACUACCCAAAUUGAUCCCAACUGGGUGGUCAGACAUCAGGGCAAAGAGUUGGUUCAGACUGCCAAUUCUGACCCUGGUAUUGCAGUAGGUUUUGAUGAGUUUAUCAAUGUGGACUUCAGUGGCACUUUCUAUGUCAACACUGACAGAGACGACGAUUAUGCUGGGUUUGUGUUUGGCUAUCAGUCAAGCGGGCGAUUCUAUGUUGUAAUGUGGAAGCAGAUUACACAGACAUACUGGGAAGAGAAGCCUUCAAAAGCCUUUGGCAUCUCAGGUGUUUCUCUGAAAGUGGUCAACUCCACCACAGGCACAGGGGAGCACCUGCGUAACGCCCUGUGGCAUACAGGGGACACUCCUGGACAGGUCCGCACAUUGUGGCACGACCCUAAGAAUAUCGGCUGGAAGGAUUACACUGCUUACAGGUGGCAUCUCAUCCACAGACCCAAGACAGGCUUCAUCAGAGUGGUGGUUUAUGAGGGGAAACAGAUCAUGGCGGACUCAGGGCCAGUUUAUGAUAAGUCAUUUGCAGGAGGGAGAUUAGGACUGUUUGUGUUCUCCCAGGAACUAGUUUACUUCUCUGACCUCAAGUACGAGUGUCUAGAUAACUGAGCAAGAAAAGAAGCAGAACCUGUAAAAGACUAUAGCACAACAACAUACUUGCACACUUUGACAAAACACUAAAAACCAAAGACUUUGGAGAUCUAUAGACAUCACAGAAUGAAACGGACCAACAAACCAAAACUAUCCUGAGGAUUACGAAUUAACAUAUAUCGCAAGCGCAUUUAUAGGGAUAGCUCUUUUGUGCUGUCACUCAAGUUAAAAGAAGUGUAAUGUUAAUAAAACAUGAAAAACAAAAAUGUGUUUGUUUGUUUCACAAAAUAUUACAACAUUUUUAGGAAAACCAAUCACAAACCUCAAUUUUCUGACUUCCUGUGUUGAGUGUAUUGUUACAUUGUGCAUCAUUUUCUUUGGAUUUGCUUUUGUAAUGGACACAUCUUUUUCUAAAACCCUCGAUUCUAACAGGGGCUUUGGGUUUGAGCAUAUAAAUGUUUUAGAGACCUUUGAGAUGAAGAUGUUUAUAUUAAGACUGUAUCAUAGUAUUUAUAUGACUCUUGCAUUUCAGUAUCAAGUUUAUGUCUAGUUUGUUGUAGUGCUUUCAGAACCUAGACAUUGUAAAUACUAAUUUAUUUGUUAACACUGACAAAAUUUGACUAUUGCAGAAAGAGAGAUUGAAAAGAUUUUAAUUGCUGUGCUUAUAGACAUUCACGAUGCAACUUCAUGCCUAUGCAGUUUUGUAUUAUUCAGUACUUGAUAGAAUUGUUUUCUACAUGUGAGAUGGAAAUGUGAGUAUUUUGUUUUGGACCCCUGAUAUCACACUGCAUUUGCUACCUUUAACACAAACUUGCUGGUUUUGAACCACCUUUACCUUUUAGUGUCUUAUUUUUUAUGCUUUUUAUCAUAGAAAAUGUUAUGGGAGUACACAUGAAACUUCAUAGGACAGAGACUCUAGUUUAUAUAUCAGUACAUACAUUGUAUGUAAAUUAUGUUAUUCAUUCAGUCCAGAAUGUUAUUGAGCCUUAAGAUUCAUCUAUGUGUUCGUCUUUUUUUUCAUAACAAUAUUUCAUAUUUUGUAAAAAAAAAAAAAGAAAAAGAAAGUACAAUGCCUUUGAUUUUAAAGAAACGGUCCACCCAAAAUUGAAAAUUCCCUCAUCAUUUACUCACCCUCAUGCCAUCCCAGAUGUGAAUGAUUUUUAGAAAAAUAUCUCAGCUCUGUUGGUCCAUACAAUGCAAAUGAAUGGUGGCCAGAACUUUGAAGCUCCAAAAAGCACACAAAGGCAGCAUAAAAGUAAUCCAUAAGACUCCAGUGGUGGGGUCCUGGGUAGCUCAGCGAGAAAAGACACAGACUACCACACCUGGAGUCACGAGUUCGAAUCCAGGGCAUGCUGAGUGCCUCCAGCCAGGUCUCCUAAGCAACCAAAUUGGCCCGGUUGCUAGGGAAGGUAGAGUCACAUGGGGUAACCUCAUCGUGGUCGUUAUAAUAUGGUUCUCGCUCUCGGUGGGGUGCGUGGUGAGUUGUGGAGAAUAGCGUGAAGCCUCCACACGCACUACGUCUCUGUGGUAACACGCUCAACAAGCCACAUGAUAAGAUGUGUGGAUUCACAGUCUCAGACGCGGAGGCAACUGAGAUACUUCCUCCGCCACCCGGAUUGUGGCAAGUCACUACGCCACCACGAGGACUUAGAGCGCAUUGGGAAUUGGGCAUUCCAAAUUGGCGAGAAAAGGGGAGAAAAUAAAAAAAAGUCUCCAGUGGUCUAAUCCAUGUCUUCAGAAGCGAUAUGAUAGGUGUGGGUGAGAAACAGAUCAAUAUUUAAGACCUUUUUUACUAUAAGUUCUCCUUCCUGCCCAGUUUGUGGCGAUAUGCGCAAAUAAUGCUAUUCGCAAAAAAAAAACAUUAGAAGAAGAAUGUGAAAGUGGAGAUUUAUAGUAAAAAAAAAAGAACUUAAAUAUUGAUCUGCUUCUCACCCACACCCAUCAAAUCGCUUUUGCGAUUUAACCACUGGAGUCGUAUGGAUUAAUUUCAUGCUGACCCUAUGUGCUUUUUGGACCUUCAAAGUUCUGGCCAUUAUUCACCAUGGACCUACAGAGCUGAGAUUAUCUUCUAAAAAUCUUUGUUUAUGUUCUGCUUAAGAAAGAAAGUCAUACACAUCUGGGAUGGCAUGAGGGUGAGUAAAUAAUGAGAGAAUUAAAUUUGUGGGUUAACUACACCUUUAAGCAACAUCCCAAGAAAACCGUGUAAAGUUUUCUACCAUUGUUAUUUUCACAGAUUUCUCUGUUUUUUGUUUUUUGUUUUCUUCUUCUCCUUAAAUAAACAAUUUACACAGUU